UCAAAUAAUCCUUCAAUCAUAAUUAAAAUAAUGACAUAAUUAAUAUCAUAAUAUAUCAUAACUAACAAUAUAAUAAAUCAUAAUUGAAGACAUAAAAAUCGUAACAAAAAAUUGCAUACAAUUGAAUUUCCAUUAAGUUGCGAUAUUACUUGAAUAUUGAUUGGUACCAAGUGGGGCCAGUAACAACACCCCCCACUUGUGUCUUUCUAUUUUUUAUUUGGUCAAGCAAGACGCCUCCAUGUGAACCGCAAAAACAAAUUCAACAGGAAGAAAAAUGAGAUUUCACACAUCAAAACGAGUAAAUGCCCCCCACCUGGAUCACUGAAACCCCCAAUUGAAUUUCAGCAUUACAAAUCCCCAAUUUUCAAACUCACUAAUCACCUUUAAUCACAAACUCAAUUCAGAGUUUAGACUCCUCCCUUCAAACCCGACCAAGGCUACUCUGCACCAAAACACAUUUUUUUUUUAAAAAAAAUGGCUGAGUGCAGUGUUCCAUCUACUAGCCAACUUCGCACCCUUCCUCCGACAAGAGGUCAAUUUGUCGACUAGAGUUGAAGAAGAGAUCCAAUACAUCAGAGAUGAAUUUGAGCGCAUGACAGCUUUCCUCAGAGUUGCCGAUGCUAUGGAAGAGAACAACACCGAACUCAAAGUAUGGGUCAAGCAAGUCCGAGAAGCUGCAUAUGACAUUGGAGAUGUUCUCGAGUUGUACAUGCUUCGCCUUGGACAUCGUCAUGGCACUGGAUUUUGCGGUUUUCUUGGUAAGGUUUCUUGCUUUAUUAAGACUUUAAAAGCUCGUCACCAAAUUGUUUCGGAAGUUCAAAGAAUGAAGGCCAAAGUCAUUGAUAUUUCGAAGGGACAUCAGAGAUACCAUGAAAGAUAUGGUAUGUUAGAGCAAGGCUCAAGCUCAAGGUCCACUGGUCUUAACACAACAUGCCAUGAUUAUCGUGGCGAUGCCCUUCUACUCCAUGAAUUUGAGCUUGUGAGCAUUGACAAGCCCAAAUCGCAACUAAUUAGGUGGCUGAUGCAUGAAGACCCCAGACUCAAGGCGUUUUCUGUAUCAGGAAUGGGCAGAUUGGGCAAAACAACACUCGCUAAAAGGGUCUUUGAUGAUGCAGUUGUGAAGAAUCAUUUCCAGAGCCAUGUUUGGAUCACUGUUUCUGAAUCCUUCAAGAUUGAGGUGCUCCUAAAAGGCAUCAUCAAACAACUUUUUGAAGAAAUCAAACAACCAAUCCCACAAGGGAUGGACAACAUGGAUACCAACAGCUUGAAAGGGAUAAUUAAUGCUUUCCUGCAACAAAAGAGGAAAACAUUUAUGGAGAAUUCUUGCCCUUCACACUUGGAAAGACUUUCAAAAGUCAUCUUGCAUAGAUGCGAGGAUUGCUGCUUGCAAUUGUGGCAAUUAGUGGUCUUUUAUCAACAAUGGAUAAGAGCAGUGUGGAUGAGUGGAAUAAGAUCUACGGUAGCCUUGCAAUUGUUUCAUUGACCAUUGGAGAUUGAUUCGAUUAUGGGUGGCAGAAGGAUUUGUAGAAAUGAAAGCAAGAAUGACGGUAGAAGAAGUUGUUGAGGCCUACCUCAAUGAGCUAAUCAAUAGAAGCUUAGUUCAAGUGGUAGAGAUGAGAUCAGAUGAAAGGAUCAAAACGUAUCACAUCCAUGACCUUUGGCAUGAAAUUAUUGUUUCCUGGUCAGGUGAGCAAGAGUGUGGCCCAAAAAGGUGCGGCGCUUGUCAAUCCACAAUCAUUUGGAAAAUACUCAACAAAGCAAGUGUUUCACUCUGUGAAGCACGGGUACUCCAAAAAUGUUGCCGUACAAGUACUGGGUACUUCCCGGGUGCGGGUACGCGUACCGGUACGGCUGCACGCGUACCGGGUACGCCAAAAACGUACCGGGUACGUUUUAUACGGUUGGUAUACGGCUGGGUACGCCACGGGUACGCCACGGGUACGCCAUGGGUACGUUUUGGGUACUCCGGGGUAAAAAACAAGAUUUUUUAUAAAUUAAAGGGUACCGGAGCAAUUUUUUAUGUCUAUUUUAAAGAAUUAUAAAAAUCUGGGGUUCUUUUGUAAUAAAUAAAACAUAAAUAAAACAUCAAAACAAAUAAAAUUAGGGUUCUUUAUUCAUUCGAUCGUCUCAGCUCCUUCCAUAUCUCAUUCCAAAAUACUCCAAGGCUGAAGAACUUCGAAGGUGCUUGCUAGGGUUCCAUGUCUAUUCGAUCAUCUCCUUCCAGAAAUACUCCCAAGAGAGUCUGAAGAACACUUCGAAGGUGCGAUUGAAAGGUUUAGUCGAAGGUGCUGCUGAUUGAUUCUCUCAUUCAAAGGUGCGAUUGAAGAGGUAAGUUCAUCUUCGAUUCUUCCCCCUUUUCUUCUUCGAUUCUUUAUCCUCUUUCUUUCAUUUUUUUUUUCAGAUUUUUGUGCUCUUUCUUCGCUGCAAACGAUUGAUUCUUCUUUUCUCUUUAGUUUUCUCUUUCUUUGAUCCUUCAUCUUCUUCUUCAUUUUUCUUGAACUCUCUUUUUUUUUUUCGUGAUAUAUGUCCAGAUUUUUGAACUAAAAUCUGUCCAGAUUUUUAACUAAAAUCUGUCUAGAUUUGUUGAACUAAGAUCUGUCCUUAUUUAUUUAUUUUUUUUUUUCUGAUGUAUGUCUAGAUUUUUGAACUAAAAUCUGUCCAGAUUUUUAACUAAAAUCUGUCCAGAUUUGUUGAACUAAGAUCUGUCCUUAUUUAUUUAAUUUUUUUUUUCUGAUGUAUGUCCAGAUUUUUGAACUAAAAUCUGUCCUAAUUUAUUUAUUUAUUUUCUGAUAUAUGUCCAGAUUUUUGAACUAAAAUCUGUCCAGAUUUGUUUAACUAAGAUCUGUCCUUAAUUUUUUUUCUGAUAUAUGUCAUAUAUAUAUGCAAUAUGAUAUUGGUUGUAAAGCUUGAUGACAAAUUAAAAACCCUGACACCUUAAAUUCUCUUUGGUAGCUGUUUAUUUUGAGGGGGAGUGAUGAGGAUUUUGUAACUGAAAAACAGAGCAUUAAUUUGUGAUGCAUAACCAUUGGUUUUGAGUUAAGUUAAGUUAUCUGUCUGUUUCAACAUUAA